AUGGGCUCCUCCCGGUUCAACAUGGGGUCCCUCCUCAGUCUUUUCCUUCUCGUCAUCCAGAUCGCCUCGGCCCUGAAAUUCGACCUUUCCGCCUCCGCGGGCUACGGCAGUGCUCACGAGCGAUGCAUCCGUAACUUCGUCGCCAAGGACCAGCUCGUCGUUGUUACGGCUAUCGUAAGCGGUCAGAAGGGGGAUGGACAGAAGGUCAAUAUGCAUAUUCGGGAUGCUAUGGGCAAUGACCACGGCAAAGCCAAGGAUAUUGCUGGCGAGACUCGCCAGGCUUUCACUUCACCGGGCGACACUGCCUUUGACGUGUGUUUCGAGAACCAGCUUGUUGGACGCAGCGGCGUCCAAAACCCCUCCCGCGCCAUCGAACUCGAUGUCGACAUUGGCGCCGACGCCCGCGACUGGUCCAGCAUCGCCAUCACGGAGAAGCUGCAGCCCAUCGAGGCUGACCUCCGCCGCAUGGAGGAGACGGUCGCGGAGAUUGUGACAGAGAUGGAGUACCUCCGUUCGCGCGAGCAGAAGCUGCGCGAUACCAAUGAGAGCACUAAUGAGCGGGUGAAGUGGUUUGCGUUUGGGACGAUGGGUAUGCUCGUGGGCCUCGGGGCUUGGCAGGUUGUUUACCUGAGGGCUUACUUCCGAUCCAAGCAUCUCAUCUAG